AUGGCUCGCGCCUCACUGCCUCCUGCACCAACGGCAGUUAUCUUGCCUCACUGCCUCGUGCACCAACGGCAGGUGAGGUUGCUGCUGAUGCUGCUGGUGAGUAAAUUGGUGGUGCUGAUGGUGGUUUGGGCACUUAAGGGAGCGUCUACUCAGUCGUGCCUCACUGCCUCGUGCACCAACGGCAGGCACAACCUGCUAUCCCAUCCAUUCCCUUCUUCCCUCAACACUCACUGCAUUGCCGUGCGUGCAUGGUCGUUCCACACAAUAUUUCUGGCAGACAUGACUCUCCUAUCUCUCUCCCAUCCCUCCCAUGUUCCUCAUCCCACCAUCCUGCCCAUCCAUCAGAGUGUACGUGGUGGGCAUGAAGUGUACGUGCUGGACAUGAGUGCACGGCUGCCCAGCAUCUCGCACGCCCUGCAGGGCGCUCAGAUUGACUCAUUCUUUGUGGAGGCGAGCAUCAGCAGCGACGGCAGCCGGGUGGCUUGCGGUGGCAGUGACGGCAACAUCAACGUGUGGCAGCUGUCGUCCAAUGACACGAUGCCAUCUGUCACCUUCCAGGCGCACCAGGGGGAGGUUACCGCCCUCCGCUGGUCACCUGUGGACGGGGAUUCCAUGCUCUCUGCUGCAGAUGACUCCUCUGUCGCCCUGCACACCCUCCAUCCGCUACCUCCCCACUCUCCUCCCCCCCGCCUCUCCUCCUCCGCCUGUCACCGCCUCCCUGGAAGGGAGACUAGGAGCUGGCGUCCUGGCACCUCUGUGCUUGUGGGUGCAGUGCCAGGAAGAGUGGUGACUGAAAUCGCUGAAGCAGCUGAGGCAGCAGGAGCAGCAGUGACGGCUGAUGCAGCAAUUAGGCUACCUGAAACCACAGAGACAGGAGUUGAAGCAGCAGAGGCAGGUGAAGCAGCUCAACACACAGCAGCACUACCUGAACCCACAGCAGCACUACCUGAACCCACAGCAGCACUACCUGAACCCACAGCAGCACUGCCUCAACCCACAGCAGCACUGCCUCAACCCACAGCAGCACUGCCUCAAAGCACAGCAGCACUGCCUCAAAGCACAGCAGCAGUGCCUGAAACAGCCACCACAAUGACAGGACCGCAGGCGGCACCACGUGAAGCAGCAGCGGAGAAACCCGAAGCAGCACAAGCGAUGGUCAGAGCAGCACCCAACACAGGCUGUACUGAUAUGGAGGAGGUGGGCAUGCAUGAGAUGGCAGAGCAGGAGGACAGAUUCCACUAUGUGGGCAUGCAUGCGGACGCUGCAUGCCGGUCACAUGGAGAGAAGCAAGGGGGCGACGAUAUGGAAACACAGGAUGCCUUGUGCAGUGCGGGUAUGCAUGUGGACGCCCAAUACCCUCCAGCAAGUCGUCGCAAGCCGCCUCUCCUAAUGCUUCACGGUUUUGGCGCGUCCGCGAUCUGGCAGUGGACCAAUCAGGUCGCGGCGUUCUCGCGCGACUUCGACGUGGUUUUGCCGGAUCUUGUUUUUUUCGGCGGAUCGCGUAGCCGCAGCGAUCAACGGUCGGAAAUAUUUCAGGCUGACGUCAUGCUGCGCCUGCUGGACCGCCUCGAGAUUGCCGAGUGCGCGCUCGUCGGGCUCAGCUAUGGCGGCUUCGUCGCAUACAGAAUGGCCUGCUUGGAGCCGGGCCGGGUGCAGCGGCUGGUGCUGGCGGCGUCGGGGUUCAUGACGUCAGCAGAGGAGCAUGCAGCCGUGCUGGGCGAGUGGCAGGUGGCGCACAUAGCGGAGCUGCUGCUGCCCGAUGAUCCCAAGGGCGUGCAAAGGUUGAUGCGCCUCGCUUAUGCCAAGGACGUGCCCACCCUGCCCGACUGGGUGCUGCGCUCAACUCACGAGGCCCUGUUUGACAACCAGGAGGAGAAGCGCAGCAUGCUGGACGAGGUGCUCAAAUACCUCUCCCAAUCGGGACUCAAUGAAGCGGGACCCAAUGAAACGGGACUCAAUGAAACGGGACCCAGUGGAACGCGUGUGGACGGAACGGGGCCGAGUGCAGCGGGCGUGGAUGGGAAGAGGGAGAGUGCCGCACCUCCACUGCAGGCUCUCAACCCCCAUGACAUUCCUGUGCCUCAAAUGGAGACUCUUCUGGUGUGGGGCAGCCAAGAUUCCAUCUUCCCUCUCUCUGUGGCUCACCGCAUGCACAGCCAUUUUGGCCCCAUGGCAUCAUUGGAGGUGCUGGAGGGAGCAUCGCACGCACUCAACAUCCAUCGGCCAAAGCCCUUCAACGAUGCUGUCAUGCGCUUCCUUCUUGACGGGACCAAUGUCAACUCGAGUGCAUGA